CUUCGUUGCUCUUAGUGAUGCUCGUACUUUCGUUUGAAUUUCCGCGCACAAUCAUUGCCAAGAGAUAAACGUUAAAGAGUGUUGUUGUUUAAAUAAAAUUUGGUAUUUCACCGUCGGAGAAUUAGUGUGAAAUAUAAUAAUAUAAUACACAAUCAAUCAAAUAAGUGGGUGUUUUUAUGGCAAUAAAAUGCAUUACCAAAUGAAAUAAAUAAAAAUAGUAAUAUUUCGAAAUCAAAAUUAUGCCAAGACCUCCGAGGGAAUCAUAUGGCGAUCAAAAGCCUCCGUAUUCAUAUAUUUCCUUAACGGCUAUGGCUAUUUGGAACUCACCCGAAAAAAUGUUACCUCUGAGUGAUAUUUACAAAUUUAUAAUAGAUCGAUUUCCUUACUACCGAAAAAACACACAACGAUGGCAAAAUUCUUUACGGCAUAAUCUCAGUUUUAAUGAUUGCUUUAUAAAGGUUCCUCGAAUACCAGAACGACCAGGUAAAGGUGCUUACUGGGCUCUUCAUCCACAAGCAAUUGACAUGUUUGAAAAUGGUAGCUUACUACGGCGGCGGAAACGCUUCAAAUUACAUAAACACGAUAAAGAUUAUUUGAAAGAGGGACUGGCUACAUGGGCGAAUCUUAAUCGUUUCUUUUUUAAAAGUAACACACCACAAAACACAUCAAUUACACCAUCAGAAUUACCAUUAAUUAAUGACUCCUCGCUAUAUUUAACUAAUGUAGCAAAUAUACCUACACUAACUCAACGUUCUGGCGGAAACCCGCAUCCUAUCACAAAUUUCACAACCACUGCCAUAUCAUUAGGAUAUCCACAAGUUGCAAUGACUACAAAUACUGAUGCAACAUUCUCGAAUAUAUUGCAUCGGUCCCAUGCCAUAUCACCAAUUACGGAUGGAUCAACCAUUAUUAACAAAUCUAGACAAAAGCGUUCUUUUACUAUUGAAAGUCUUAUAACGCCCGAUAAACUGGAUUCAAUGUCCAUGAAAAGCAUUACCAGUGAUGAGAAAUUUUGUUCUGAAAGACUGGAAACAGAAACGUUCGAACAAAACAGUCGGACCACAAUAAGUACUGAAAUGAACCAUCAAUCACUUCCUCCGCUGCACACCAUUACUGAAAAUACCGACAUGUCCUUUCUACAUUAUAGUAGGUCGGGACAAAACCCCAUCAAUUUGGAACCAUGCUUAAAUGUCACAUCAGUUUACGAUAUUCCGCUACACCCAAUAUUAAUGAUGAAAUCUCCGCUUGGAAAUUUACAACCGUUAUAUUUCACAAAUGUUGAUCCACAGCCUCGACUGAGUUCCAGCCUGUGACAACACUAGUUAUAACCAUAUACAUUUGAAAUAAACUGGAGUCAACUUCUUUAGUUCCUAAUGGCUGUUAUGCAUAUAUAUGUAAUGUAUUAUUUUUAAAAUUACUUUUAUUAUAAUUCUUUUUGUACAUAAUAUUUAAUAUCUUAAAAACAACAAUUAAAAAGCAUGAUAUUAAGAAUCAAAUACUUAGAAAUUAAUAUUUAAUUGAACCAUUUCUAGUCUGCUAUAUAGUUAUAUGGGCAUAUUAAAUUUCAUAUGUAUACGAUCAAAAUGUAUUCAAUUCUUACGACUUCCGAAUUCCAAUUAUAUUUUUGAAUGAGUAAAAAGUUAAUAACCAAAUUACUGAUAACUUAGCCGACGGCAAUGUAUAUUGAGCACUUCACAUUUUAGAGUAUUAUUAAGGAUUCAGUUUUUUUUUAAUUUUUAAUUAUAAGAUUAUUUUACAUAUUAUAUCUAAAACAACAAAUAUGGCUCUUACAGUAGUACUUACAAAUUUUAAAAGGUAUUAAAUGAUUGCUUAUUAAAUUUUUCCUAAACUUUAUAAAGCAGAAUAAAAAACAAGUAGAAGAGUAGAAUGUAACUCGCCCACUGCAAUUCCAUAAGAUUGUUAUUUUGUAAAGUUAAUUCAUAAUGAAAAAUUAGACCAUUUUUUAUUAAAUGUAUGUUUUAAUAUACAUAGUAUAUGUAUACUAUAGUAUUAUUUUUGUUGUUGGUGUUAUUUCAAUACCCUCAGUAUUCAUCAAUAUCUAAAUGGUUUGUGUUCGAGCCCCUCAUUCCUUCUGAAUUUGAAUACUUCCUGUGCUAUUGAAGACGUUUAUGUUAAAUGCAGUUUUUCUAUGUUCUAAAAAUCUAGGUAAUAAUUAUUGCUAGUUUGGAAAGUUGUUGUUAACCAAUUUCGCCCUUUUUGGAUGCUAAAGGGAAAUGUGUCGACUAUGUUAGGUUUAUAAAAGUUAUUUAGUUUUCGAGAUACACAUGUGCAAAAACCCUAUGUGGGGCGGGGCCACGUCCACUUUAUGCUCCUCCCUAAUGUGGCACUCUGUACAAAAUUCAUGUCGUAGCUUUAUUUGUGACUUAGUUAAAGCACUUUAUAGUUUUUCGGUAACGCCAUUUUGUGGGCGAGAAGGUUGGUAUUGUAGAUGGGCGAAAUCGGAACACUUAAAUAUGCAAAAUGUACUGCUAUACGAAUAUGUAAAACGGUCUAUAAAAUUAAAAAUUAGGCACAGAGAAUCAUAGAAGAUAGUGCAUGUACAUAUCUCACAAGAUACUAUUUAUAUCAACCAAACUUGAGAAAAACAUUUCCUUUUCGGCAUUUUGCGUACAAAGUAAAAUUCGAUAAAAAAAUACAAAGGAUUAAAUUUCAAAUUAAGAUUGAGUUAUGCGAUUCUGGAAUAAUUGGACAUGGAACCGCCCACAUGUAUAUGAAAUAUCAUAACAACUGAACCACUCGACCAAUUUCAUCCAAAUUUAGUACGUAAUAUUAUUUUGACUACAACCACGCAUCACGCAACCAUAUUUCUUAUGUAACACAGAUUUAA